AUGGGGGGCUGUAGGGUCUACGCUCCGCUCCCGGUUCCACCCCCCUCCCCCGGUCUAUGGGCCCCCCAGGCCCAACAUCUCACCCAGUUCUGGGGGGGGUCUAUAGCCCUCUGCCCGGGGUCUGGACAUUCUACUCGCGUGGCCCCCCGACGAUCUUUAGGUGCCACCCUCAGCUCCAGAGGGUCCGUGAGCUCCCCCCGCCUCGGGGGCUCCCCCCGCCCCAGCAGAGACACAGCAGAAGCAGCUCCAGGACUUUAUUGCCCCUCCCAAACACAGCAGCGAAAGGGGCGGGGCGAAGCGGGGGCGGGGCGAAGCGGGGGCGGGGCGAAGCGGGGGCGGGGCUCACACACAGUGUCACGAGCACACACUGACGGACCCCCCCAGGCUCUUGGGGGGGGGGGUUUCGGGGUGCGCAGAAAAUGGGAGGGGAGGACUUGGUGCCUGAGUUCCCCCCCGGGUGGGUUCAGGGGGGUCCCAGAAACCUGGGCACCCCCGGGAGCAUUUGAGGGGUUCCUGGGACUCCCUGGUGGAUUCUCGAGGCUCCCGGGAUCCACCCAGGGGGGGUUUCAUGGUCCCAGGUGCCUGAGCACCCCUCGUGUGUGGGGGUCCCAGAGCCAGGACUCCCCGGGUGUGCUGGGGGUGGCGGCCCCUCAGUCGGUGAAGAGGCUGGCGAAGCUCUGCCGCAGCGCCCGCAGGCUCUCGGGGGGACCCUGCUCGGGGGCGGGGCUUGGGGGAGGGGCUCCGCCCGGUUUGGGGGCCAGGGCCGGUUUGGGGGCGAGGGGUGGGGCCUGUGGGCGGGGCUGUCGAGUGGUGGGCGGGGUGUGCGGGCCUGGGGGGCGGGGCUGGGCAGCGGGGGGCGGGCCUUGGGGACGGGGCUGGGGCACCGAGGGGGACCUGGAGAGGCGGGGCUGGGCGGUGGGGGGCGGGGCUUGGGGCCGUGGCUGGGGGGCCGUGGCUGGGCCUGGUGGGCGGGGCUGCGGGGAAGUGGGCGGAGCUUUGGGCCUCGGUUGGGGAGAUGUGGCUGGGCCUGGUGGGCGGGGCUGUGGGGUGGUGGGCGGGGCCUGA